CUUUGAAAAAUCAAAAUGAGUUUCCACUUCUUGCGUCAACAUUGAAGAUUUUGAACCGGCCUUCUCCACUCUAGCCGUCUAGCGUGCGCCUUUGACCUGCUUCGCUAUCAAUCUCUUACGCGUUUUGCUUCAUUCUCUCGAUAUUUUUGUAACUUCCUUUGGCCUUUUUUGAUUUUUCAUCGUCUUCUUCUCUCAGUUUCUCUACUUUCUGAUCAAUUCAGAUAUUCCAAGCUAGCUAACAUCUGUCUUUCCUGUCUUAGCUCGUUUCCUUUAUCUGCCAUAGUAAUAGUAAUUGGAUUGCUGAUUGGUACAAGAGAAUGGUCCAAAUCAAGGAAUUGUAUCCUCCUCAUCCUCCGUUUUCUUUUCUUUUUUAACAGUCUUUUUUUAUGAUUAUAUUAAGUUUAUGUUGAUGGAUGAUAUGGUCUGAACUGUGUAUGGAUUCGUUGAAGAUUUUUCUUUUUUUAAAACUUGGGAUUGGUCCGUAAUUCAAAAUAUUUGUAUUGAAACCUGCUGAACAACAGAGUGCUAUCUUAAUUCAAUCCACCCAGAUAGUACCAGAUAGCCCAGAUGUACAUGGUAAUGAAGAUGCAGCAACAGAACACUAGUAGUUCUGAGGGUGUUGAAGUAUUGGAGAACAGACCAUUGGAGGAUGAUGUAUUUGGACAGUGCCAAUACACAUCCAAGGUUUAUCGGUUGCAAAGCAAGGCUCCUACUUGGCUUACAACUUUUGCACCAGCAGAUGCUCUCAUCAUGCAAGAAGAAGCUUGGAAUGCAUACCCAAGAUGCAAAACCGUAAUCAAGUGCCCAUACUUCACCAAGUUUUCUUUAACAGUUGAAACUAUUCAUAGGGCUGACAAUGGUCAAUCAGAAAAUGUACAUGGUUUAACCAAAGAACAACUAGCUGCCAGGCAGAUUGAAUUUAUUGAUAUAGCCUCAGCAGAAUCCGAUUAUUGGAGUUAUGUUAUUGGAAGUAACAGUGUGGACUUCUGUAAGUUUAAAUCUUCAAGAACUGGUCGUGGUCCACUUAUGGAUGGAUGGCAGGAUACAUGUAAACCUGUCAUGACAGCAUACAAGUUGGUAACAGUCGAUGCACCAUAUUGGGGCUUUGGGUAUCGACUUGAACAGGCUAUACUAGCGGGUGAAAGGGCUCUUUUCUUAGAGAGUCAUCGGAAUUGUUUUGCUUGGAUUGAUGAAUGGUUUGGGAUGUCAAUGCAACAAAUACGUGAACUUGAAUUACAGAGUGAUUUUUCAUUAAAUAAGAAAAUUGGAAAGCCAACUGUAAUGACAACUUCUGAAGACUUUGAUCAGAAGUUGCCCCUUGAAAAUGAAGACGCUCAGGGCAAGAGAUUUCAACCUAAACCAGAGAAGCAUGAACUUGUUGUGGAUACUUAAGCUGCAAGAUUGGCUGCUAUUCUCCACAUUGAAAUUGUAAUGUUGGGUUAAUUAUUCAUUUGAUUACAUGGUCAUUCUUGGGAAAAAUUGUAAAUUUGAUUAUAGCAGAUACAUAAUCCUCUUUUUUGAGGCAAUAGUUAUGUUAUACACCGGCAAAAUUCUUUAGAGGAAGUUAUGAAUUUUUCUUAGUGAUUUUAAUUUAA